AGGGUAGCUUAACUGAAACAUCUUCAAUUUUCCCUUCACAUAUCAACGAAUUCUCAGCAACUUUCUCUUUAUAUAACUUGUUUCCCGUAAUAUCGUUCUCCCACCUUUUCAACAAUCCUCAGUCUCUUGCUCAAAACAGAAGCAAGUAGGCUCUUUCGUUCGGUUCGAGAGACGUAAAAAACAUACUUUCUUCAACCAGCAACAUGACUGUUCCUGCAGCCUCUCCCACAGUGAAGAGUCGAGUUCUCAUUGCUGGAGCAACUGGUUUUAUCGGUCAUUUUGUAGCUGAUGCCUGCCUAGACUCCGGCCGACCUACUUAUGUUCUUGUCCGGUCCAUUCCUAAAUGCCCAUCUGCGGCUAAAGUUCUCAGAUCUCUUGAGGAGAAAGGAGCCAUUGUCUUGCAUGGGUUGAUAAAUGAAAAGGAAAAAAUGGAGGAGAUACUUAAAGAGCAUAAGAUUGAUGUGGUAAUAUCAGCUGUAGGUGGUGAAAGCAUAUUGGACCAGCUUUCUCUACUCCAGGCUAUUAAAGCCGUAGGAACCAUUAAGAGAUUUUUGCCUUCAGAAUUUGGGCACGACGUCGAUAGGGCUGAUCCAGUGGAGCCAGGUCUUCGAAUGUAUGAUGAGAAACGCAAGAUUAGACGCUUUAUUGAGGAGUACGGUAUACCGUACACUUACAUUUGUUGCAAUUCUAUUGCUUCUUGGCCCUACUUUGACAACUGUCACCCUUCGGAUGUACGUCCUCCGCUUGAUAAGCUCCAAAUCUACGGUGAUGGUAACACCAAAGCAUACUUCGUUGCUGGGACAGACAUUGGGAAAUUUACAAUGCAAGCUGUUGAUGAUGUUAGAACUCUGAACAAGUCUCUUCAUUUCCGACCAUCCUGCAAUUUUUACAACAUGAACGAGCUUGCAGCUUUAUGGGAAAAGAAAAUUGGAAAGACACUCCCUCGAGCUACAGUCACAGAAGAAGAUUUACUUGCUGUAGCUGCAGAGAAUCGCAUACCCGAAAGUAUUGUUGCAUCAUUCACCCAUGAUAUUUUCAUCAAAGGUUGCCAAGUUAACUUUUCAGUUGAUGGUCCUAAUGAUGUUGAAGUGAGCACGUUGUAUCCUGAUGAAGCUUUUCGGACAUUGGAUGAAUGCUUUGAGGACUUUGUUCAUGGAUUAAAUGAGAAGCAUUUAAGCCCUAUUGAUGAAAAUACUCCUCCAAAUCCAAUGGUUGAAUCACUCAUAGUAACAGCAACCUGUGCCUAGUCCUAUGGGAAGUCUGCUGUUUUUGCUAUAAUUCAAUUGGAUUGCCAAUGAUUUAUCAGGAAAUAUGAUUUAUUUGCUAUUUGUCGUGGCAGAGAAACUAGAUCUUCAAAUAAACUUGGGAUAAGUAGAUUGUGGCCAGUACCCUAUUUGUUAAUUGUUGUGUUUCAAGAUUGAAUCCUCUGUUAAAUAGUUGGGUUAGAUUCUGAUGAGAAUUAAAAACAGGGGAAAAUAUCCAUGUUUUUUCCUUAAAUCUAAGUUAAUGAAUUUUCUAUAUGAAAAGACAUUAAGAGGAUUGUUGUCAUGAUGUAAUGUUUUAUUUAUUAAUAAAAAGCUACUUUCUUUUA